AGUACGCGAAAGAGAUGGCCGGCAAAGCUGCAGUGUUUGUUGUCCUCUCCUGCUACAUUCUGACAUGCAGUGCGCAGAGAAGUUCAGGCAUCUUCAACUUCUCUAACCCAACGUACUUGGGAACCAACAAGCAAAACGAGUUGGUUCGAGUGCCAGGCGGCAUUCCUAUUGGGGAAGGCAGCCAGGAGUAUAUCUAUAUCUGGAGAAACGGGAUUGUGACAUUUGGACCACUCAGUUUCCAGGCUGACCUCAAUACACCAACCAAGAACUUCUCCAACACUGAUGCAGAGUAUCUGGUGGCCCCACUGUGGUUUCGCAACAUCAGCCAAGAGCUGCUGAACAUCACUGUCUCCUGGGAGAUACAGGAGGAGGGAGCUAAUGAUACGGAUAUCCUGGAGUUUGCUGGGAGGGCUGUGGAUGAUUAUUCUCUGUUUGAGUAUGGUGAAGAUGCUGAGUUUUCUCCAGUCUGGAGCAUGGCAGUCACCUGGAACAUCAUCCUCUUUCCUCCGCGAGAUGUGUAUGAGACAGUCUGCAGGGAAUACUCCAAAUGUCUUUGCCAGGAGUAUGAUUAUCGUGAAAACUAUGAUGAUACCAACUCUGGCUAUGGCAAUGAAGACAACACCAGUUGUCCUAUUGAUGAGUGUUAUGCUAACAACAGUUGGUCUGGACACGACACUGACUACCUCUCACUUCUUUGCAGAACGUACUACUUCUAUUACCAACCACCGGUGCAGUUUCAGUUGAUACUCGCCACUGAUGGAGAAGAUACCCACUCCGUAUUUCUAUACGAGUGUGACGAGCGGUUUUUUUUCUCCUCCCUCUUCCAAGAUUUUGUCGGCAACUACACGUCAACUGGUCAUCGUCUUGGCGACACCCAUGAUAACUACACCUGUGUCAACAAUGACAUUAAACGUCUUCUGCUCUGUGAAUUUGUAGCGUGCUUUGGCUACUUUGAAUCAUUGGAUUUCCACUUUUAUGAGGUAUCCUCUUACUUCCGCAACCUCACCAAAGGCUUUGAGCAGUUUCGCCAGUUGGGACACCUCGAGGAAGGUUGUGACUACAUAAAGUUCCCUCUGCUGAGCACUAUGCUAGGUUUGGAUGGUGGUUUUGAGCUACCUCGACAUAAUGGAACUAACUCCACCAAUGGGACUGAAAACUAUCUUCUGUACAUGUCUCUGCUACCAUACUUGGACGGAGCUUCAACACCCAUCACCCACAAUGGGAUUGGAGUGGGCACUACCUCCCACACCAAUAUCUAUGUUGGGACUAAUGGUAUCAUCUCCUUUGGACGACCUUUCUACUUCUGGUAUUCACGGAACUUCCCAACACCGUAUCCAUGGAUACGAGAGACCUACGUGGCUGCACCAUUCUGGCACGAUGCCGACAUACGGAGCAGAGGUGAUGUGAUUUAUACCACUCCUAGCAAAGACGACUACCGUUCUCUCUACGGCGUCAUCGACAAAUUCCUUAGUUUUCAGCUAAACUCUUCGUUUACGGCUGAGUGGAUUCUGCUGGCCAGCUGGGUGAAGGUGCCAGUGUACCCUCACCACUACUACUUCCAGAGUGACUACGUUUCUAGCUAUACAGAGAGAAUUCUCAAUGACUUCAAUACAUUUGAAGCAGCAAUAGUCUCCAGUGGGGCUGACACCUAUGCCAUCUAUACCUACAACUGUGAUUUGCUGACAAAUCCUGGUCCCUAUUAUUACAGAGGACCUGUUAUUGGCUACAAUCUCAGAGGAUUUGAAUUUGAGAAUCACAGGUUCAGCGAGUCUCAAGCAGCAACUCGGGUUGCCUGUGGCAACUGGCCCUCGUCAGACUGGUUUAACCUGGUGUACAAGAUCAGCUCAGGUGAAGAUGAGAAGCUGCGUGUGCGUGGACAGUGCCUGGCACUGCUUGAGGGGGAUGGGAAUAGGCUCACAAGUGUAAGUGUCAAGAACUUUAAGAGCCGGCUCAGCCCUUGCCCGUGCACGAUCAGACAAGCCUGGAGGGACAGAAACUAUCGCUGGGACUCUGAAAACUUCUACUGUUACUACCGACGAUUUGCUAAUACAGCUACUGGAGACUAUGACCAGUAUUGUUGCUACAGUUUCGACUUCCAGGGAGGGACCUGGGGUGCACUGAUAAAGUCAGGCUAUAGAGCCAGUGGGAUGACAGAGAUGGUGACCACUAGGUUUGGCCGUAGAACUAUCUCAGAGAGAGACGUUGAGAUGAGGAGGUUCUGCUGUGGUCUGGCUGGACUCUGUGACCUCUUCCUUCAGCGGCGACCACCGAACGACUGCAUCGGAUACGUGCCCCCCGUCUGGACCUGGGCGUGGGGAGACCCUCACAUUAUGACAAUCAGCGGUGACCAGUACACGUUCAAUGGAUAUGGAGAGUUUGUGAUGCUGCGCUAUGACAACAUGGUGGACUUCCAAGCCAGAAUGAGACCCACAUACAACACUAAUGCAACCCAGUUCUCAGCCUUUGCAUUUGGCUACAUUGACAGUGACAAAGUGACCAUUGAUUGUGGAUCCUCUGAGGAGUUCUGUGUGACGUGGCUGAAUGACAUGGACAUCUCCGACAACCUCACGUCCGUCAAUGACUCCUACUUCUCUGACUCCGGCAAAGUUGAGGUUGUCAGGGAGACUGUUACCACGGUGGCAGUUGGACUGGCUAACGGAAUUUCUCUGGCCGUGACUUAUAACCAGAGUGUCGGUAUCCCCAGUUUUCAGCUGAACCUUGACCCCGGGCUCAGCGGUACCAUGAUGGGGUUGCUAGGCAACAAGGCUGGAGAACUGGUACAUAGCGACGGGGAUCCGUUUAGCCUGACAGCAGCUAGUGACCAGGAGAUAUUUGAGUUUGGAAAUAGCUGGCUGAUAAGCACUCACGCCGAGAGUCUGUUCAGAUAUGCUGAAGACGAAGGACCAAUGACCUACCAGAACUCAGAAUGGGCUCCUACCUUCACUGCCGACAUUGAGGCAGCUGCCAGUGACGAGGCUAAAGCUGCCUGCACACCCGCAGGGGCCACUCAACCCGUGACGCAGUGCUUGUUUGAUGCCGUGGCAACUGGUAACAUCAGUGUUGGCAUGGCAACCACCAACACUCUUAACGAGAACAACCUCGCCAUGGAGGAAUCAACUAACAUGCCUCCAGUCAUUACCAGCAGUGUUCAGGGUGUCCUGACACUCUCCCACAUUUCACCUCUGACCUUUACCACCACUGUGACGGACGACAAAGACGACACUAAUCUAAAUGUUUCCCUCGUCUCUCCUCCGCCCGGGGCAUCUCUCACUCAGUCUGCGUCAGAUCCAGGCUCCUUCCUAUUCCACUGGCAGUUGACCAGUUCACAAGAAGACCAGCUGUCAGAUGUGAUGAUAGUUGCCACGGACUCCCAAGGAGCAGCAAACGUAUUCUCUCCUCACGUGGAGAUCUGUGCCUGUCAGAACGGAGGGACCUGCACGUCACAAGGAGCCACUAGCAUAAGUGACCUCCUUGUCAUCCUCAACUGCAUCUGCUCUCCUGCCUGGGAAGGUCCGUACUGUGAAGAGGAUGUGGAUGGUUGUCUGGAGUAUGCCUGUAUCGAUGGAGUUGAGUGUUUUGAUGCCCCUGCGCCGGGCCAGGGCGCGACGUGUGGACCUUGUCCUGUCGGUUACACCGCUGAUGGAGAGAAGUGUGCAGAUAUUAAUGAAUGUGAAAGUGAGUCGUCAUGUGCACAAGUCUGCACCAACACAGAGGGUAGUUACGAAUGUUCUUGUAACCGUGGUUAUGUGGUGAGUGACUCAGACCCCACUGAAUGUGUUGACUUCAAUGAGUGCAGAACACUAGUGGAGCACUGUGAACAAAUCUGUACCAAUACAGACGGCUCCUUUACCUGCAGCUGUCAGACUGGUUUCCGUAGCGAUGGCCCCUUCUGCUCUCCUGAAAGGCAGUGCAAUGCAGACUAUGAUGAGUGUGGGUCUGCGUUCUGUGCUAACAUCAGCAGCAAUGCUUACUGCUACUGCUCCGAGGGUUUCCAACUGGACACCAGUGGAGCUAACUGUGCUGACAUUGAUGAAUGUGACAGAGUCGGUGGUCCUUGCCACCAUUUCUGCACUAACAUCCCCGGGACGUAUGCCUGUAGCUGUCGCGAAGGAUACGUCCUAGGACUUGAUCUAGCUACCUGUGAAGAUGUUGACGAGUGCAGGAGAGCCCGAGAGGAUGGAGAGAGACUCUGUCUGGUGAAUGAAGCCUGCAUCAACACUGAAGGGGCCUAUGAUUGUGUGUGUGCUCCUGGCCUCAUUUUUAUAUAUGACAGCAUCGAUUCCUCAUUCUGCGGCAGUCUCCCAGCUAGUAGAGUGUACAAGGAGGAGUUCAUGCGGACAAGUAUAAACAUUACCUUCUCACAGUAUACCGUCGGUCAGUUGGAGCUAGAAGGAAGGGUUGCCACUGUACUGGACCUGGUGAAGGUGUCUGUGGUAGACCACUGUACCACCAGGACAUGUGCCGUGGAGAGACUAGUUGAGGAGAAUGACUCUGCAAUAUCUAAGAGAAAUGCUCAUGUGAGUGUCUUUGACCCAACAAAGCACAUUGCCCAGCCAGUCCCGAGGUCCCAGGACCCCACUCAGAAUGUCCUCACUUUCUACGUCGACGUGGAGAUUGACGGAGAGAGUGGAGCACUCGAUGAAGAAAGCACGUUGGCAGCCAUACAGAACAACAUUGAGUAUUUCGAAGAUGAGUAUGGUGAAGGAAGUGUCAGUUUCACACUGGCCUAUCCGUCGCCGCCCGUCACCGGGGAACCCCCUGUCACUCAGGACGAUGAUGAUGAGGGAGAGUUUGAUCUAAAUGUUGCUGUGGUUGCCGGGGUAACAGCUGCUGCUGCAGUAGUGGGUGUGGUCUCGUCUGUCGCUGUUGCCAUUGGUCUUUACUUCUGUGUGGAGUGGCAUAGGAAGAGGAAGAACAUGAUAGGAAACAAGAGAGGCCUGCUGACAGACGGAGUGUCCAUGCCUGAUGGGAAGGGAGGUGGAGAAAGGGAGAUGAGAGAGGUCCCUCCACAGGGCCCGAGGCUGUCUGAAGAUCUUGGGAGGACCGUGCUCUUUAACGAGGGUACUGCCUGACCAUCAUGAACACUAUACACAACAUGGAACACUAGUUUUGAGCACCAUUAUGUAUAUAAUAUAGCUCAGUCCUCUUUACUAUGUAACUUUGCGCUGUACAAUGCAUGCUUUGACUAACAUUGUUUAGUUUACAGUUUGGUGAGGUGGGGUUGUGGGUGUGGCCAGUGGAUCACGUGAUUUAAUCAGCAAUGUAAUCUCUUUCACUUCAUCACAGUCAGCUGGUACACAAUUGUGCUGCAGUGUCACUCUCAGGAGACCAGUGCCGGUCUGUUCACCUGUCCUCUCCCUGGCUGAAAGGUCAGAGGGCAAAGAGGGGAUAGUGGGAUUUUGCAGAGCACGGAGGACACCCAAUAGUGAAGCCACACCUUCCACUCCCACACGGUUGCCUGGGAAACAAAGCUGUAGUCACGGAAACAGCGAAAGAGGAGGUGUUACAGGAGAGAGUGAGAUGUGCUAGGGACGAGUUGCCGCUCAUCCAGAGUUGCCCAUCCCCUUCGGUCACCAGGUCCAGCAGUGGCUGGUCACUCCUACCUGCCAUGCCCACCUGAGACCCUGUGGGCGGUUCUUCUACCCCCACCUCCGUUUUUACUCCCUUCUUCCCUCCACCCUUGACGCCCUUUCCUGCCUUACCAGCAGCUGAUACUGCCAAUACACACACAGCACAAACAGCACACAGAGAACAAAGAGACAAUGAAAAGCAGUUUAAGAAAGUUAAACGUAGUUAAUCGAAGAAACCAGCAGUCUGCGGCGCAUGAGAUGUAUGCGCGGGAAAAGGGGGAGAACAGAAGGUGCAUGCGCACGUGCCGUACCGUUGAGGAAGGCCCGUGCCACAUGAGGCGCAUGCGCAGGAAAAGGGGUAGAACAGAAGGAGGAUGCAUGCCCGCACAGUACUGCCGAGGAAGGCCCGCACCACAUGAGGCGCAUGCGCGGGAAAAUGGGAAGAACAGAAGAAGGAUGCAUGCCCGCACCGUACCAUCAAGGAACG